GGAGCCAAGUAGUUGCCAUGGCCCUGGGACCUGCUGCACUAUUCAUCCUGACCCUGUGUAUCAAAGAGCUGAGCAUCCAUGCUGCUGACACCUGUCCAGAAGUGAAGGUCCAGGAUCUGGAAGGCUCCAACAAGCUCACCAUCCUUCAAGGCUGCCCUGGCUUGCCUGGAGCCCCAGGGCCCAAGGGAGAGGCAGGUGCCAAAGGAGAUAGAGGAGAGAGUGGCCUUUCUGGACAUCCUGGGAAGGCAGGACCAACUGGACCCAAAGGAGACCGAGGAGAGAAGGGAGCACGUGGAGAAAAAGGAGACACUGGGCCCUCUCAGUCAUGUGCUGCAGGACCUCGGACCUGCAAGGAGUUGCUCACCCAGGGCCACUUUCUCACUGGCUGGUAUACCAUCUACCUGCCAGAUUGCAGGCCCCUGACUGUGCUGUGUGACAUGGAUACAGAUGGUGGGGGAUGGACCGUCUUCCAGAGGAGGCUCGACGGCUCUGUGGACUUCUUUCGGGACUGGACCUCAUACAAACAGGGCUUCGGCAGUCAGCUGGGGGAGUUCUGGCUGGGGAAUGAUAACAUCUAUGCUUUAACCACCCAGGGAACCAGUGAGCUGCGGGUGGAUCUUGCAGACUUUGAUGGCAAGCAAGCCUUUGCCAAGUACAGCUCCUUCCACAUCCAGGGAGAGGCAGAGAAGUACAAGCUUGUCCUGGGGAACUUCCUUGGCGGUGAUGCUGGUGACUCCCUGACUUACCAAAACAACAGAUUCUUCUCCACCAAAGACCAAGACAACGACCUGAGUUCUUCCAGCUGUGCUGUGACUUAUCAUGGAGCCUGGUGGUAUGCUGAGUGCCACACUUCCAACCUGAAUGGCCUCUACCUUGGGGGUCCCCAUAAAAGCUUUGCAAAUGGUGUCAAUUGGUAUUCAUGGAGAGGGUACAACUACAGCUACAAGGUUUCUGAGAUGAAGGUGCGCCUUGUCUAGCUCUCCACACAGAGAGCAUCCCUCCCAGACUCAGGAGUCUUCCAUCUUCACUGCCAGCUAAGGCAGGAGUGUGCCCACCCUGCCCCGCUCUGCCCAUUGCCCACACUCCACACAGCCCGUGACCUCCGACCUGGCUUUCUUCACACACAUAUAUUCUCACCACAAAGAAAAAAAAAUGCAUUUCCAAAAGCUG